AUGACAAAUCAGCCAUCUGCGCAUGCAGACAACGACCAUGGCUCCAACGACGAGCGACCCACCAAACGAAGACGCGUUGCGAUCGCCUGCCGCCCGUGUCGUGAACGCAAAAGCAAAUGCGACGGAGUGAAUCCAGAAUGCGGCCUUUGCAGACAGAUGGGCACAGAGUGCUCGUAUCCGCCACCCUUAUCCAAGACGGACGUGCUGAGGCAGGACUUCACCUCGAUGGUAGGCGGUCUCGAAGACCGCAUUGGCGGGAUCGAGCGCAUGCUCACCAACUUUCAACAAACUCUGUCUUCAUCGGCAGGGAGAGAACCGGUCACGCCCAAUUCGAGGACUUCGGCUCCCAUAACGCCUGCUCAGCCUGGAGGCGAAUCUGAUAUAACGAUUACGGAAGAUGCUUUCCAGAGCUCGGCCCAACCAGGCCCUGCCUCCGAUGGCAUUGGAAUUGUGCCUCUCACGGCGCGGGAGGAUUGUGCGUUUUUCGGACCUUCUUCGAAUAUCGCCUUCUUACGACUGGUCUCCCGUGCUCUUGCAAGGAACUCAGGUCCCAGUAAUGGCUCGAUGGGGAAUCAGUCGAACAUCUCCGAGCAUGAGAGGAUGAACGCCCGUGGCAGACAAGAAGCCAGUACAGACCCAGCGUUGAAUCUUCCCGGUGUAUCGAGUGCCAAUGGCCACAGCAGACAAACUUUCAAGAUCCCUUCAGAUCAGCGAACGAGGGAGCUGUUGACCGAAUAUUUUGGCAAUUGUGGUCUGGUGCACCCGUACGUCCAUGAAGCCCGAUUUAUGGAAACAUAUGAAGUCGUCCGCCGCAACAGCUUCCGCACUGUGCGACGCAGCUGGUUAGCGCUGUUGUACAUGCUACUUGCGCUAUCAACCCUUUCAUCACCCUACGAGAGUGCAUCAGUCGCAAUCAUCAGUGCAGAGUCCGAGGAGUGGUUCAACCUUGCAUCAGACCUCUGCCUCAAGCAGGUCUUCUCUGAGACUGGCAUCAACCUUGAAGUCGCUCAAGUCUUGAUGUGGAUGGUCCUGUAUCUUCAAGGAACGCAUAGUUCUAUGAAGACGUGGGUCAUUCAUGGUAUGGCUGUAAGAAUAGCCUACCAACUCGGGCUCCAUUCAGGUGAAGCUUCCAAGGUGGCAGAUCCAAUUGAACAAGAAUACCGCAAAAGGACCUGGUUCGGCCUGGUACUGCUUGACUGCACGCUGAGCAUGACUUACGGAAGGCCUCCCCAGAUAUAUGAUCCCUGGUCUUCGCUCGAGAAGCCUGUUGCCUAUGCAGACUCUGCGCAACGCGGUUUCCUAGCCGCAGACGAGUUGUCCGUAGGGUUCCUCUUUGCCAACAUACGUCUUUACGAAAUCUUGCAAAAGGCCAUCCAACGAUUGUACGGGAAUAACAGCGGCGCGCGAAUGACAUUCAACGUCGAGAAUAUCGCCAAAGUCUACACUCUAGAAGGCGAACUGUUACAGUGGAGUAAAGACUUGCCUCCACAGCUCGCAGUCAUGCAGUGCCACCAGGUCACAGCAGAUGCACUUCCACUAACGGUGCCAUUGGAGAUCCUUGGAAGGCGGCAACGGACGGUACUCACACUGCGAUACUUGAAUGCGCGCAUCUUGAUCCAUCGUCCAGUUCUAGAAGGUCUACUCGAUGCCAUCAAUACGGAAAACUUGGACAUGGACUAUCUCCAGAUCAUCCGUCAGGCUGGUGCUAACAGUGUCUCAUUCGCAGUCACUUGUGCCACGAAGCUGAUUUACAUCAUGCACCGCCUAUUGGCUGGCUCAAAUCGGGAGCAAGGACAUCAGCAACUGGGAGCGUGGUGGUUUUCUCUAUAUUACACCUUCAACGCGUCCCUGGCCAUUCUUGGAGGUCUCGUAGUGUCUCGCGAGCGAUGGGACUGCCCCUCGAUACUUACAAAGAAGCAACGAGAUUCCGCGAUCGAGGCUCUGUACCAAACUCUUGGUGUUCUGGAUGGGCUCGACAAGGGCCAUUCUACCGUGACUCGAUGCAGGAGCUAUAUCCAGGAGCUCAUUGCGGUCGCAUCUCCCUUAUUGAGCGACGAGGCUGCCGUCCCGCUCGACAACAGCGCCUUCAAUGCGGAUUUCGCUGCCGGAAUGUCAAUGCCCUUUGACCAGGACAGUCUGCGGCAGCUGGCGUCUGAUGUCGACUUGGAGAGCUUUCUGUUCCCUACGGAUAUGACAGCACUCAGUGGUAAUGCGUUCUGGGACUAA